GUUGAGUAAGAGCUUAUUGACCUGCUGGCUUAACGUGUAUGACGACAGAAUUUUAUAAAUAGGCAAAGUUGUGCAUUUGUUAGCGGCCUCCGUGUGGGCAUAGGAGAAGCCAGUCUGAAUAUGAGUAACUUCAAGAUUUUGUUAAUAUGCACAGCGGUUUCCUAUAUCGGAGCAGAAAUUCAGAUGUUAAUCAACCCCGUUAAUUUGCCUGAGAAUCAGCUUCCUGGAACAGAACUAAGCCGAGCUUAUGACAAAGAUGUGGCUGGGAGACCAAACGCCUACCGCUUUCUGAAUAAAACGAAGUAUUUUGUCAUCGAUGCAAAUUCUGGCAUCAUCACAUCUACAAAAAUCUUUAAUUAUGAAACAGAUCCAACCAGGUUUCUACUUAUAGUUGAUACUGGAGGAGACAUGAGACACGUUUUGACCAUUUAUAUAAAUGAUGUCCCGGAACCUCCAGACUGUAAUAUUGACCCGCUUUUUUCUUCAGGCUCAGCUACAUUUGAAAUUGCUGAGGACCAUCCGCUCUUUCAACCUAUUUAUAAAGUGAGCGCAGCAGAUGAAGACACUGCCCAUGGUGACAGGCUGACAUACAACAUCGAGACAGAGUUAUCUGGGCCAAAGAGGGGAGCAAACUCCUUUGGAGUAGAUCCUGUAAAUGGUAUUGUUAGCUUAAGAGGUGAAGAUGUCUUGGACUUUGAUGCUGGAUAUCACACUUUCCAGCUGUCAGUGAGAGUGACAGAUACAGAAGGUUUGUUCUGUCAAGGGACAAUAAUUAUCAAUAUUAGAAACAUAAAUGAUGAGACACCUCAAUUUGAGCCAUUUCCUAUGGAUUCGAUUAAUGUGACUGAGAAGAAACCCAUUGGUGAUUUUGUCACAAGGGUAAAAGCCACAGACCGUGAUGAAGAUAGCAGCAUCACGUAUUCCUUUAAGACCCAGCAGGAAAUGUUUGGUUUAGACCCAAUCACAGGUAUAAUCACUCUUCUUCAACCUUUGAAUCUUGACAAUCCAAGUAACUCCAGAAUCUACCAUUUGGAAGUUGAAGCCCGAGAUGAUGGUAACAACACCAGCUCGUAUAUGUUCACAGUUUUUGUGGACAACGCUGAUGAUCCUAUUUCCUGUGAUCCAAGUUUUUCAACAGGCCCGGGUGUUUCAGUGUCUGUUGCCGAAAAUAUCCCCUCAUCCGCUUUCAUAUAUGCAAUACUUUCAAGAGAUCCAGAUCUGGGACAAGAGGUUGAAUUUUUAAUAUUAAAUUCUUCAACCGAUGCCACUGCUUACUUUGCUUUGGAUUCACAUAGUGGUGUUAUUUCUAAAACCGUGGAACCACUCUUGGAUUAUGAGACAGAUCCUAAGCUUUUCCAGUUUGUAAUCGCUGUGAGAAAUAGGGACAGCCUGUCUCUGGAGUCAUGUGUUGGCACCAUCACUAUAAACAUCCAAAAUGUUAAUGAUGAGAGUCCUGUUCUGAUAUACAGACCGGAGGCUCCUAUAAAUAUUAAUGAAAAUCUGCCUAUUGGAACAAAGCUGGCCAAGUUCACGGCAACAGAUAGAGAUAUAGCGGAUACAGUAUAUUAUGAAUUCAUAGGUACACAGAAAGAGUUUGCUAUAAAUGAAGACUCUGGAGAAGUCACUGUUGCCUAUCCACUAGACUAUGAAGAUGACACAAUCCCAAAAUCCUGGGUAUUAUAUGUUAGAGUUUACGACAAUGAUCGAACACAUUCAACAACUGGGACACUCACAGUGAUUCUUCAGGAUGUAAAUGAUAACCCUCCACAAUGCUCUCAGGAAAUUUAUGUAAUUGAACUUCCUGAGAACAUCCCAGUUGGCACCUCUUUAGUCUCCCUAAGUUGUACAGAUCAGGAUGGAACUAUUCCGAACAACAAUAUAACUUAUCAGUUGAUUAAAGACACUUUUUCAAACAAAACCUUUACUCUUACAAAGAGUGAACUAAAAAUCGGACCUAUGCAUCUAGAUUAUGAUAGUACAACUUUUGCAGGAAUGGACUUUAAGCACACAUUGUUUAUAAGAGUGUCUGAUGAAGGUUUUCCUGUACUCUCAACCAUCAUUAGAAUCAUAUUAAGAGUGAGCCGUAUAAAUGAACACAAUCCUAUUGGGUCUAUGAUGACAUUUAUGUUCAGUAUAUUUGAAAACAGUCCAGUUGAUUCGCCAGUUGGAAAAAUUACCUAUACAGAUGAAGACUGGCCACGUAGCAAUAUACACUAUACCAUCGUUGGGGGCAACUUUGGAAUACCUCCAAAAUUUUACAUCGAAUCAGAUACAGGGAUGAUAAAGCUGUUGAAUUCACUGGACAGGGAAGCAGCUUCUCAGUAUAAGAUAGCUGUGAGAGUCACAGACAUGGGGAAUGAUGCCCUCCCUGACCCUCUCAGGCAGAGAAGUGCUACUGCUCAGGUGACCAUCCACGUUCUGAAUGUAAAUGACGAGCCUCCAGUAUGCACACCGCCACACGUAGAGACUCAGAUUUUCGCCACCUUUAGGGGUCCUAUCGUUCGCCUCAGGUGUUCAGACAAGGACUCUCCACAGGAUCAUCUAAGCUAUUCAAUCAUAGAAGGAAACAAAAACAAUCAGUUCACACUUUGGAGAGAAGGGGUUGAGUCUCCACUUCUGGCCACCAGGCAAGAUUUCCAGUAUGAUCUAUUAGAAGGAGCUCAAGAUGUAUUGACUUUCCAGUUACUUAUUGAAGUCACCGACGAACUAGGCGGGAAUGCAGCUAGUCAGCUGACAUCCACCACUACAGUCAUAAUUCAUGUGCUUCCCUGGACUACAACACGGCCAACUUCUUCCAUGAAAACAACUACUACAACUCCUAUUACUACCUCUGUCCUAAGGAAGAUCUCAUAUUACUGGAGACCUGACAGCUGGUUUCCAGUGGUGCUCACGCUUGCAGGAGUUCUUCUCGUGAUGUGUCUUUACGCAGUUUCAUGGUGCCUCUGCAAAGAUGUUCCUGCCUGCUCAAGACUAUUUCCUCACUAUCACAGACAUCAACCAAGUCUCACUGAAAAGGAUGCUAUACAGUUACCAAGUGACAGAAAUGUAGUAUCUACUGAACAGCCAGACAAGGGGAUGAGAAGAAAAUUAUUUCAAUGGAAGACAUUUUGACUUUAACCAGAAGAAAGGUUACUAUAUCUCCAUGUCCAUCACUUUAUUUGAAAAGGUCUUUGAAAACACAGCUUUUUAACAAUAAAAAAACCAUCAAGUUUUCCAACACA